CAGCUGACUUCAUGCCCAUCGGUGACAACAUUACCGGAGAUGCAACAACGAGGACUAAAAGAUGUCAAGCGCUGAUGUCCCUGUAUUACUCACCGCGGUGCUCCCUCUACCCUUACUUCUGCUACGACCCUUGCGCACAGUGGCAACACUUCUCUCUUCCUCUAGAUUGGCUUUAUAGUCCAACAACAUCAUUUCCUUAUCCUCCCACAACUUGGUCGACCGUUCCACCAAUUACACGUAUCUACCCGACUACUUGGCCAACCAUUCCACCAAUUACACGUCCCUACCCGACUACUUGGCCAACCAUUCCACCAAUUACACGUUCCUCCCCGACUACAUGGCCAACCAUUCCACCAAUAACACGUCCCUACCCGACUACUUGGCCAACCAUUCCACCAAUUACACGUUCCUCCCCGACUACUUGGCCAACCAUUCCACCAAUAACACGUCCCUACCCGACUACUUGGCCAACCAUUCCACCAAUUACACGUUCCUCCCCGACUACUUGGCCAACCAUUCCACCAAUUACACGUCCCUACCCGACUACUUGGCCAACCAUUCCACCAAUUACACGUCCCUACCCGACUACUUGGCCAACCAUUCCACCAAUAACACGUCCCUACCCGACUACUUGGCCAACCAUUCCACCAAUUACACGUCCCUACCCGACUACUUGGCCAACCAUUCCACCAAUUACACGUUCCUCCCCGACUACUUGGCCAACAAUUCCACCAAUAACACGUCCCUACCCGACUACUUGGCCAACCAUUCCACCAAUUACACGUCCCUACCCGACUACUUGGCCAACCAUUCCACCAAUUACACGUCCCUACCCGACUACUUGGCCAACCAUUCCACCAAUUACACGUCCCUACCCGACUACUUGGCCAACCAUUCCACCAAUUACACGUCCCUACCCGACUACUUGGCCAACCAUUCCACCAAUUACACGUUCCUCCCCGACUACUUGGCCAACCAUUCCACCAAUUACACGUAUCUACCCGACUACUUGGCCAACCAUUCCACCAAUUACACGUCCCUACCCGACUACUUGGCCAACCAUUCCACCAAUUACACGUUCCUCCCCGACUACUUGGCCAACCAUUCCACCAAUUACACGUAUCUACCCGACUACUUGGCCAACCAUUCCACCAAUUACACGCACCUACCCGACUACUUGGCCAACCAUUCCACCAAUUGCACGCACCUACCUGACUACUUGGCCAACCAUUCCACCAAUUACACGUAUCUACCCGACUACUUGGCCAACCAUUCCACCAAUUACACGCAUCUACCCGACUACUUGGCCAACCAUUCCACCAAUUACACGCACCUACCCGACUACUUGGCCAACCAUUCCACCCAUAACACGUCUCUCCACACUGUUUCUAACAAAACCUUUAGAACCAACCAGACCAAUUCCACCUUCAACACCUUCGUGGACCAGGCCUCCAUACACUCCAAUACUGCCAACAAAACCUCCCAAAACAUCCCGACCAAUUAUACAUUCUACACCUUCCUGGACCAGGCCUCCAUACACUCCAAUACUGCCAACAAAACCUCCCAAAACAUCCCGACCAAUUAUACAUUCUACACCUUCCUGGACCAGGCCUCCAUACACUCCAAUACUGCCAACAAAACCUCCCAAAACAUCCCGACCAAUUAUACAUUCUACACCUUCCUGGACCAGGCCGCCAUACACUCCAAUACUGCCAACAAAACCUCCCAAAACAUCCCGACCAAUUAUACAUUCUACACCUUCCUGGACCAGGCCUCCAUACACUCCAAUACUGCCAACAAAACCUCCCAAAACAACCCGACCAAUUCCACCUUCAACACCUUCCUGGACCAGACCAAUAUACACUCCACUGUGGCAAAUAAAGCCUGUACAACCAACACGACCCUUUCAAGAUACAAUGCCUCCUUGGACUAGACCCACAUACACUUCAAUAUCGCCAACUGAUCCUCAAAAAUCGCUCAUUAAGCCUCCACAUACCGCAGAAUUACUCACAAACCCAAAAUCUAUACCGGAGUGGUUACAUCCUUCGUACACUGGAGAUUUAUCAGCAAAUCCUGGAAAAUCAACACAAAACUGGGGUACUCUACUCCCGGCAACACCAGCUCCACCCACAAGCACCAGUGCCGCCCCCGUCGUCAAGCGAGGAUGCAACCAAAUAUGUUUGGGGAAAGACAAGAUAUACCAGUGCUGUGGAGACGCACCAUCGCGACCUGCCAUGGGAGAGUGCCCAUCCAAGUCUACUGGGUGCCCAGAAGAAGCUGUGGCGCCCACUUUCCCUCGCCAGGUCAGUGGUCGAAGGUGUAUGAUAGACAACCAGUGUGGUGUGGGGGAGAGGUGUUGCUACGACGCCUGUCUCCAGGAGUUCCUCUGCUCGAACCUCACCCGUGGUACCAACCAUCAACUCAAGAUCCACGAUGACAACAACCUCGUUCUCAAGAACAACGAUGGUAACAAUCACGAUGGCAACAACCUCGUUCUCAAGAACAACGAUGGCAACAACCUCGUUCUCAAGAACAACGAUGGCAACAACCUCGUUCUCAAGAACAACGAUGGUAAUAACUACGUUGUCAAGCACCACUAUGGCAACAACCACGAGGACAACUACAUCUAUGACAGCAACCAAGAUGGCAACAACCACAAUCAAAUCCAUCUCUAUAGUUACUAUGUCAACAUCAUUUCCUAGGCUUGAUUUCAAGUACUGUUAAAUCAAGAUGGGAUUUUUUAUAGCAUAGCAGUUUGAAAUGACUACCACAACCACCACCACUACCACAAUUAAUCCUUACUCAUAUAAUUGAAAUUAUCUUAAUUGGGUGGUCAUGACAUUUAUAAAAACUAAAUAAAAGUGUUGCAAUCAA